AUGAGCCUUCUUAUGACAAUUAUUACAAUCACUGCCCUGCUUUCUACAAUUCUUGCCAUUGUAUCCUUCUGACUGCCGCAGAUUUCACCAGACCACGAAAAGCUUUCACCAUAUGAAUGCGGCUUCGACCCCAUGGGCUCUGCUCGACUUCCCUUCUCACUACGAUUUUUCCUCAUCGCCAUCCUCUUCCUCCUCUUCGAUCUAGAAAUUGCACUCCUUCUUCCACUUCCUUGAGGAGAUCAGCUACCUACGCCCUUGCUGACAUUCACCUGAGCCACAGCAGUCCUUUUUCUUCUCACCUUGGGUCUUAUCUAUGAAUGAAUUCAAGGAGGCCUAGAGUGGGCUGAAU